AUGGACCACACGAUAAGGGGUCCUGCGAUGGAUCUGCUCGCCGAGCUGACAGUUCUUCACAGCCACGUUGAGAGAGAGCUCGAAGGCGUCGCGGUCGCCGUGAACGACUUGUUUGAGGAGGAUCAUCAAGCAGCAGCAUCAACGUCGGCAAGACUGCAGCUGUCCAAGAAUAGGAUCCUGGCGGCUCUCACUCGGCAGCGGAUCCUACUCUGGGAGUUCUCGACAGAGAGCGAGCCGGCAGCGGUGUUCGCUCGCUCGGAAGAUAGCGACGGGAAUCUCGGGAGCCGCCACCAAAACCCAAUCCACAAACCCGCCGUUGGCUUGAUUGCGGAUAAUAAGCAAUGCACCGCGUGCGGCCGGCCCGGCAACCCCAGCAGCGGUUUGAGCGGCCAACCACCGGCGAGAAAGUUGGACGAGGAGCUCCAGUGGAAGCGCGAUACGCUCGUCCGAAUGAAGCAUCUUCUACGACGGAAGGCGGGAGACCUGGGAGCGACGGAGGCGGCGAGAGGGGCGAUCAGGCGCGACAUGGCCAAGGUCGAUGCCGCGCUGCGAGAUCUACAGGAAUGUCAGCUAGGAGGCCUCCUUCCGCCUCAGAUGGAUGCUGGCGAGGACAAUGAUUCCCUAGGAGCAUCACAGCCCCAGAAGAACGAAAAGGCCCGAGAGCAGGACAACAGUUCCAAUAACGGUCGCUGCUACGCCGAAUCUGUUCUUCGCGAGGUUGAGCUUCGGCUUCCCGACGGUCUCGACGUGCUGCUGGGACGCAUAGCAGAAGGAGUUCGACCCUCUCGUCGAAGAAGACCGACAACUACAGCCGACGCUCCUGCUCCUUCUACACCAAUGCAGCCCGGAACCGACUCACCCUGUCCCAUGGCCUCGUAUCACGUUCCAGAGAACAACACGAGGAAAGAGGCGGUAAAAGCCUUUGGUCAAUCAGGGCGCACGGUUGGCCCGAACGACAGAGUCGGGGAAAGGUGCAGCGGAAGUCCCAGGAGUUCAGAGAGGCUAGAUGCCGAAAGUGAAGAAGCUAGAAAACUCAGAGCGGCCAAUUUUCGCGGACAGGGGCUGUUGAACGUUGGAAGAGUAGGCACUGGCCACCGAACAAAAAUAUUCGCCGGAGCAGAAGAAGACUUGGUGCUGCAGGAGGUGAAGUCGUGCGGACGAGUGAAAGACAGCCCGAAAGCGGUCGUGAUGGCGGCGAGGAAAGACAUGGCUGAAGAGCACACCUCCAACCGCAGUGUCUUGAGCGUAGCAGCUGCGGUGAACCUCGGAGCCUUGAACACGAAAGGCCUGGCUCUUUCGGCUACCGUUACGGGUCGGAACAAGAAGAAACCGAGUCAUAGGAUCGGCGGGGCUUUCACGGGAGGGUUGGCUGGUGGUGGUGUCGGCAAGGAGAACGGUCGUCCAUUAAGAGGGGAAGAUGCCCACAAAUCAUCGUAAGUGCUGCAUGCUAAGCAAGGGAGUUGGACAUGGGUGUAACAAAGCGCGGAGAAGAAUCAAGAGGUGGCGCACACGAUUGUGGUGAAACCC